AUGGCUAUAAGGCACAGGGAUCACAGGGCCCCUGGAGAGCUGAGGGUUUGCUAUCCAGCUGUUCACAUGGCUCUGCUGCUCCUGGGUGUCUGGGGCGUCUUGCUGCUCCUGGGGCUGUGGGGGCUGCUCCGGGGCUAUGCCCGAGACCCCUCCCUGGCCCCUCGGUGGCCCCCUGGGCCUCGCCCUCUGCCGUUCCUGGGGAACCUGCAUUUGCUGGGUGUGACCCAACAGGACCGGGCACUGAUGGAGCUCUCAGAACGCUACGGGCCAGUGUUCACAGUCCACCUGGGAUCUCAGAAGACUGUGGUGUUGUCAGGCUAUGAGGUGGUGAAGGAGGCCCUGGUUGGGACCAGGCAGGAGCUGGCCGACAGACCCCCAAUCCCCAUCUUCCAGCACAUCCAGCGAGGUGGGGGCAUCUUCUUUUCUUCUGGAGCUCACUGGAGGGCGGCCCGCCAAUUCACGGUGCGCACGCUGCACAGCCUGGGUGUGCGACAACCACCCAUGGUGGGCAAGGUGCUGCAGGAGCUGGCCUGCCUUGAGAGGCAGCUGGACAGCUAUGGAGGCCAGCCCUUCCCCUUGGCCCUGCUGGGCUGGGCACCCUGCAAUGUCACCUUCACACUCCUCUUCGGCCAGCGCUUUGACUACCAGGACCCUGUGUUCGUGUCCCUGCUGAGUCUCAUCGACCAGGUCAUGGUCCUGUUGGGCUCGCCUGGCAUACAGCUAUUCAACACCUUCCCCCGCCUCGGGGCUCUGCUGCGGUUGCACAGGCCUGUCUUGAGCAAGAUCGAGGAGGUGCGCGCCAUCCUGAGAACCCUCCUGGAGGCGCACAGACCACCCUCGCCCAGUGGCGGCCCCGUGCGGAGUUACCUGGAGGCUCUGCUUCAGCAGGGCCAGGAAGAUGACCCCGAGGACAUGUUUGACGAGGCCAAUGUCCUGGCCUGCACACUGGACAUGGUCAUGGCUGGGACGGAGACCACGGCGGCCACGCUGCAGUGGGCAGUCUUCCUAAUGGUUAAGCACCCACACGUGCAGGGCCGCGUGCAGGAGGAGCUGGACCGAGUGCUGGGCCCCAGGCAGCUACCGCGGCCCGAGGACCAGCGGGCACUGCCCUACACCAAUGCAGUGCUGCAUGAGACGCAGCGGUACAUCACACUCCUGCCCCAUGUGCCCCGCUGCACAGCUGCUGACAUCCGGCUGAGGGGCUACCUGCUUCCCAAGGGCACCCCUGUGAUACCUCUGCUGACCUCAGUGCUCCUGGACAAGACGCAAUGGGCGACCCCAAGCCAGUUCAACCCACAGCACUUCCUGGACGCUGACGGGCGCUUCGUGAAGCGGGGCGCCUUCCUGCCUUUCUCCACCGGUAACUUGCUGGCCCUCAGCCUUCAGGGAGUGCCUUCACCGGCUCUUGCUUUCUCCUCUCCUCUCCAAAAGCAGGCCUGGCAUCCUACAUGGUGCCUUGGUUUCUCUUACAGGCCGCCGGGUCUGCGUUGGAAAGAGCCUGGCCAAGACAGAGCUCUUCCUGCUGUUUGCCGGCCUCCUCAAGCGGUACCAUCUGCUGCCCCCGCCCGGUCUCAGCCCCGCAGACCUGGAUCUGCGGCCUGCCCCAGCCUUCACCAUGCGGCCACCUGCCCAGACCUUGUGUGCGGUGCCUAGAUCCUAGGGUGCUCACACACUGGAAAACUACCAGAGCCUAGCCUACCUCUCCCUCGGGGCACAUUGCGGGCAAUGGUGCAGUUGGAACAUCCCUAGCCAUGAAUGAUGGGCAGACAGUGCCAACUGUCCCUCUGAGUACCCCAGUUUUUAUGUCACAGUGUACAGUGAAGCCAGACUGCCCACCUCUGUCCACUGAAGGCUGGAAGCUGGCCUUUCUUCUGGGCAUCAUGAGGGGGGUGCAGAUAUACCCCCUGGCCAGCCUAGCAGCUCUACCUUGACCUGAUACGGUGCUUCCCGGCUCCUAUACCCCGAACACUACAGACUGUUUUCCACUCCGGUCCCCAAGGCAGCCAAAUCCCCGGAGCACGGACUCAGUCCCAGGCACUUCAUGGACCUUUCCCACCAGACUCUACCACUGGCUCCGCACCAGGCCAUGGGGUCCCCAUACCCAGAUGCCUGGCCUACAGCUCUUCCACAGGCCCCAGCGUACCCUUCUAGCUCUCUACCUGGACAGAGUCCGCCUAAUUUGGGGUGCUUCACCUUUGACUGGAACCAAGGGAACCCCAGGGGAUGCCUGAGCUUGACCAUAGGUGACAUUUCGUCCCCUUCUGCCUCUUCUGCUGUGAAGACUGACACUCCGUGGUCACCUGGGUCAAGAAUCCUUGGUGAAAAAGAGCCUCCUCUCCCAGCUGAUCUCCUGGGAACCUCCCUCCUGGGUUCCUGAAGCCAGUUCGCACUGACAGUGAGGAUCCCGCCACAUUUCCCUUUUUGACUUGGCCACCAGGGGGCCCAGAGCUAUGGUUCUUGAUCCUCCCAGCUGCUCUCUCCCUCCCUUCUCUGUGUUGUUUAUAUUCCUUGUUUCCAGUGUGCUCACUCAAGGCUUUGGGAUGCUGAGCCUGACAAGCCUGCUGCGCAUGUCUAUUACGACAACAUGCCAACUCCAGCAGGGUCUUCCUCAGUAGCAUCCCUGUGGCCCUUGGUACGGCCGCAGACAGCACAAGACUUCCCCAGGUGGGGAGGGAGGGCAGAGCUAGAUGCCACCAGGAGUGGCAAGAGCCAGCUGGACUGCAUGUAAGACCCCGAUCAUGUGACACUCGGGUCCCUUCUGGCACCAAGAGUCUGGUGGUGGUGGUGAGGGACACGAAUGAGCCCCCUUGGGCUCCGGUGUCACACUGCUUUGGUGGUAGCCCUAGCCAGGGCUUUACAGUAAUUCAAUCAGAAGUGACAGAAGUGUCUCAGGGAUGCAGGGCAAGGCUGAGGACAGGGCUUUGUAGGUGAGGUCAGGUGCCCGAGACCCAUGACCCAGGAAGGGGCCCAUGCUUUCUUUGUCUGCCUCUCUCCCCACAGGAAUGCAGUAUUCUGCCACUGAGCCCGAGUGCUAGGGACCUGAGACAAGCCUAUGGCUUUUGUUUCCUUUUUUCAGAGGGUUUCUCCGUGUAGCCCUGGCUGUCCUGGAACUCACUGUGCAGCCCAGGCUG